UGUGUAUAGUUUAACCUUAUCACCAGUUCAGCUAUAUGCAGUGUCAGUGAGUUUAGUGAACAACAGUAGAGAUGCAGAAACCAAAGGAAUUGCUAAAUCAAUGCGUUCAUUGGUUCCCAAAGGAAGAAUCAGCAGAAGAAGCAUGACAUGUCUAUGCCUUACCCAUUCUCUCACUCAAACUCAUAAUCCAUUUGCAUCUUCUCUCCACAAUAACCGAAACCCCCUCUUUCAGUUUGUCUCGGGCAUUCUCCGACCUUCAAUUCGUCCAUUUUCCACUAACUUCAAGGGUGGACCCACGCCUGCUGCAUCUUCUUCUGCACUAAUGGCCAAUUUCUCCUCUGAUUCCGUCACUUACCUCACACAGCGAGAUGCCGCUGAGAUCGAUGAGACUCUCAUGGGUCCUCUCGGCUUCAGCGUCGACCAGCUCAUGGAAUUGGCUGGUUUGAGCGUCGCUGCUUCCAUUUCUGAGGUUUACAAACCCACUGAGCAUAGUCGUGUUCUUACUAUAUGUGGCCCUGGUAACAAUGGUGGUGACGGUCUGGUGGCUGCUCGGCACCUGCAUCACUUUGGUUAUAAGCCCUUUGUGUGUUACCCUAAGCGUACCCCCAAGCCUCUCUAUUCUGGAUUAGUUACUCAGCUUGAAGCACUGUCUAUCCCUUUCUUGUCAGUGGAAGAACUACCGUCGGAUCUUUCAAAUGAGUUUGACAUUCUUGUGGAUGCCAUGUUUGGAUUCUCAUUUCAUGGUUCUCCCAGACCUCCUUUUGAUGAUUUGAUCCAGAGACUUGUUUCUUUGCACAAUAUUAAUGAAAUUGAUCAAAAAAGACCAGUUAUAGUCUCUGUAGAUAUUCCCUCUGGUUGGCAUGUUGAAGAGGGAGAUGUUGAUGGUACAGGCAUUAAGCCUGAUAUGUUGGUUUCUUUGACAGCCCCGAAAUUAGGCGCAAAGAAGUUUGGUGGUCCUCACCACUUUCUAGGAGGUAGAUUUGUCCCACCUGCUAUUGCAGAAAAAUAUAAACUUGUACUUCCACCUUAUCCUGGAACAUCCAUGUGUGUUCGAAUUGGAAAGCCUCCACAAAUUGAUAUCUCAGCUCUAAGAGAGAAUUACAUCUCACCAGAAUUUCUUGAAGAGCAGGUGGAGACUGACCCAAUUAAUCAGUUUCGCAAAUGGUUCGAUGAUGCAAUGGCUGCUGGUUUGAAGGAACCAAAUGCCAUGGCCUUGUCAACUGUAGGGAAGGAUGGAAAACCCUCAUCACGAAUGGUAUUGCUAAAAGGGUUCGAGAAAGAUGGAUUUGUGUGGUACACAAACUAUGAAAGUCGAAAGGCACGUGAGUUAUCUGAAAAUCCUCGAGCAUCUUUGCUUUUUUACUGGGAUGGUUUAAACCGUCAGGUACGGGUAGAAGGGCCUGUUCAGAAAGUCUCUGAUGAGGAAUCGGAACAAUAUUUCCAUAGCCGUCCUAGAGGAAGUCAGAUUGGAGCAAUAGUUAGCAAGCAGAGUACUGUUGUACCUGGUAGGCAUGUUCUUUACCAGGAGUACGAAGAACUGGUACAAAAAUACGCCGAUGGAAGUACGAUCCCUAGACCUAACUGGGGAGGAUAUAGACUCACACCACAACUUUUUGAGUUUUGGCAAGGACAGAAAUCUCGCUUGCAUGACAGGUUGCAAUAUACUCCCUAUGAGAUCAAUGGACAGCGGCUGUGGAAAAUUGAGCGGUUGGCUCCCUGAUAAUUUGUUUUUUCUGUUAAAUGUCUCAAACUUGUGAAAAACAAAGGAAAUAAAGUUGUAUUUAAAUGUCAGCCUCUUUUUUUCUUUCGACACGUUGAAUUGUGCUCUAUUUAUUUGUUCAUAUAUACUUGUACUUUCCCGAACGACAGCAGUUCCUUCGGAAAUUGUUAUAGCUCGGUAAAAGUAAAUAACUAAAUCGGCUGAUAUCGUAUGAUAUGGGAUAGCUUCAAUUAGUCAA